AUGCCCUCAAGAACCAUGCGCGUGUCAGCUGGUUUAUUCAGCUCAGUCUUGGCGCUGGGACUGGGAGCUUCAAUGCUUCCGAGCAGUUUUGUUGGGCCAAUCCGCCCACCUGCAGGCACGAACCUGGGAACUCAAAGAGCUCCUGGGCAAAGAUUUGCAGACUCAGCGGGUCCAGCGGGACCAGUGUUGGGGCUUGCCAUGGCCCUUGUCAUUGCUGGCAUCUCUACGACGCGAUCACAGCCUCAGCGGCAUCGAAUCGUGCAACUGCGGGCAGAACCGGAAGCUAAAGAGGAGGUGGCCGAUGCGCCAGCUGAUGCAGCUGACGCCGAAGCCCAGGAAGAGUCGCCAGAUGCGGCCGGUGACGAAGAAGAAGCAGCAGAAGACGACGAAGAGGAAGCAGCUGCAGAAGAGAAGAAGCCCGCGAAAUGGAAAUGUCUUGAUUGUGGCAGCAUGAAUUUCGCAGCCAGCACAGAGUGUGAGAAGUGCGGCGCUGCCAAGCCCUCGCCUGAAGAAGCCCAGAUGGUUCAAGAGAGGGACCAGGCAAAGGACGAUGUUGCAAAGGUCAUGGACGGCUUUCUCAGAAUGCAGGCAGACUUGCAGAACUACCGCAGAAGCCAUGAUGAGGCAAUGGCUCGCGCAAGAGAUCUUGGCAAAGUGGAUGCUCUGAAGAAACUCCUGCCAAUUAACGAUGAUAUUGAAGCUGCUGUAUCUGAUCCUGGAGGCAUGGAUGACAAGGACAAGGCAAUAUUUGAUUCCUACUCCCUCCUCUUUCGGAAAGUUGGUGACGUUUGGACGAAGUUUGGAGUGAAUACGCUGACAGCUGCGGCAGGUGACAAGUAUGAUGAGAAAUCUCAUGAAGUCGUGGAGGAGCGGGAACCUACGGGUGAUCAAGCGCCAGGCGCCAUUAUCGAGGUUGUGAAGCCCGGUUUCUCCUGCGACAGCAAAGUUGUGAUUCCCCCUCAGGUAAUCAUUGCUGCCUCGUCUGCCAAUGCUCCUGAAGAGGAGGCCGAGCAGGCUGAAGAGACUGAAGAGGCUCCCGAAGAGGCCGAAGCUGCUGCCUGA